AUGUCUUCCUCGCCGCUCCUGAGUCGUUACCGUCAGCUAGCCCCCACGGCAUCUGUCCGUGUCUCUCCCCUAUGCCUGGGAACCAUGACAUUCGGUGAAGCAGCAAAGGAACGGUAUGGGGAAUGCAGCAAGGAAGCUGCCUUUGAGAUUUUGGAUUAUUUCGUCCGUCAGGGGGGCAACUUCAUCGAUACCGCAAACGCCUACAGGGAGGAACAAUCAGAAAUUUGGCUCGGCGAGUGGCUGAUGGCGCGCAACAACCGCGAUCAGAUGGUGAUCGCGACUAAGUAUACAACGGGCUACCAGGGUCAUCACAAGGAUCGCAUUCAGGCGAAUUAUGGAGGAAACGGAACCAAAUCGAUGCGUCUUUCCGUGGAGGCGUCUCUUCGCAAACUGCAGACAAGCUAUAUCGACUUGCUGUACGUGCACUGGUGGGACUACACGGUCUCUAUUCCCGAGCUGAUGCAUAGUCUGAACGACCUCGUUGUGUCGGGCAAAGUCUUAUACUUGGGCAUUUCGGAUACACCUGCUUGGGUGGUGACCAAGGCCAACCAGUACGCUCGGGAUCAUGGACUGCGUCAAUUCGUCGUUUACCAGGGGAUGUGGAGUGCGGGCAUGCGUGACUUUGAACGGGAUAUUAUUCCCAUGUGCCGUGAUGAGGGCAUGGGCCUUUGCCCAUACGGCACCUUGAAUCAGGGUCGAUUCCAGACCGAAGCUGGAUUCAAAGAGCGUGAGAAGAGGAACGAAGGGAGAAAUUUCAUUCCGGUUUCAGAGCAUGACAAACGCGUCUCCCGCGUUCUUGAAGAUGUGGCCACGUCAAAGGGUGUGGAACUGCUUCAAAUUGCCUUGGCAUAUGUUCUUCAGAAGGCACCGUAUGUCUUCCCUAUUGUCGGUGCGAGGAAAGUCGAUCAUAUUAAGGGUAUCCUUCCCGCUCUCGGUAUUUCCUUGACAAACGAGGAAAUUGCGAAGAUUGAAUCGGCUUACAGCUUUGAUCCUGGCUUCCCUCACACUUUCCUCAGCGGGACUUUGUUCGGCACUGAACCUCCAAGAGGUGGCUAUGGCCCUGGUGAUGUAUGGCUGACCAAGUCAUUGGGGACCUUUGAUUGGAUUCAGCCCCCAUCGCCAAUCUCGCCGGUUCUGAAAGACAUUCAGUGA